AGCCGUAGUACACACUUCACUUUUCACUGUUUUUUGAUCGAGCCAGUUUAGUUGUGUCGCAGUACUUCGUGUUUCUUCGACUGUUUUUGAGAAUAACUUUGAUUUCGGGUGUCUUUUAUGAGUAAUCAAAAGAUUCAGAAGCCAACGCUUACAGGCCAGCGUUUUAAAACUAGGAAGAGAGAUGAAAAGAAGGUGUUUGACCCUACUCAGUUUCAGGAAACCAUUGUACAAGGUCUGAACCAAACUGGCAGUGAUCUGGACGCUGUUGCGAAAUUUCUUGAUGCCUCUGGUGCCAAGCUUGACUACCGCCGCUAUGCUGAGACACUCUUCGACAUCCUGGUGGCUGGCGGAAUGCUGGCCCCAGGGGGUACCUUGUCAGAUGACUUGACCCGUACUGAGUUCUGUCUGUUUACAGCACAAGAAGACCUGGAGACCAUGCAAGCGUAUGCUCAGGUUUUCAACAAGCUUAUCAGGCGUUACAAGUACCUGGAGAAAGGGUUCGAAGAGGAGAUCAAGAAGUUGCUACUCUUCCUAAAGGGAUUCACUGAGUCUGAGCGCAACAAGCUGGCCAUGUUGACUGGCAUCCUGCUGGCCAAUGGGAACAUCUCAGCCUCUAUCCUCAACAGCCUCUACAAUGAGAACCUCGUCAAAGAAGGUGUCUCUGCAGCCUUUGCUGUGAAACUUUUCAAAUCCUGGAUCCAUGAGAAGGAUAUCAACUCUGUGGCAGGAAGUCUCCGGAAGGUCGGCAUGGAUAACAGACUUCUGGAGCUGUUCCCUGCCAACAAGCGGAGCUGUGAGCAUUUCUCUAAGUACUUCACAGAUGCUGGUCUCAAAGAGCUGUCAGACUUUGCCAGGAACCAGCAGGCCAUAGGGUCCCGUAAGGAGCUUCAGAAGGAUCUCCAGGAACAAAUGGAACGCGGGGAUGCUUUCAAAGACAUCAUUGCCUCAGCCAGGGAGGAGAUGAAGAAGAACAACAUCUCAGAGCAGACCAUGAUCGGCAUCGUGUGGACCAGUGUUAUGAGCUAUGUGGAGUGGAACAAGAAAGAGGAGCUGGUCACAGAACAAGCCAUCAAGCACUUGAAGCAAUACAGCCCCCUUCUGAAGGCGUUUACAUCCCAGGGAGCGUCUGAGAUCCUGCUGCUCGUGAAGAUGCAGGAGUACUGCUACGACAACAUCCACUUCAUGAACUCCUUCCAGAAGAUCGUGGUGCUGCUCUACAAAGCGGAUGUUUUGAGUGAGGAGGCCAUUCUGAAGUGGUACACAGAGGCCCACGUUGCCAAAGGAAGGAGUGUGUUCCUGGAACAGAUGAAAAAAUUUGUGGAGUGGCUCAAGAACGCAGAGGAAGAAUCUGAGUCUGAGGAGGAAGAGGCUGACUAACGGACCUCAAGCCAAAUCCAAGGCGUGUCAUAAUUGUGUUUUUUUCUAACAUACAGUAGCACCAGGAGCAGUAGAAUGUUCUGUUAUAGAAGUGCUUCUCUCUUCACCCCCCCCCCUUUUAUUUUUUAAAUUCUACCUCCUGUACUCCAACCAUAAUGUAUGAUGUGAUGUAAGGGCUUUUUCAUUCUGUUCCUUUUAAAACUAAUAAAGUUUACACUUGUGGAUAGCAUGAAUAAUGA